UGCGAGCGGACAGUGGCGGACUUGCGGGGCGAUGGGAGGGCCUGGGCGGGCGCUGGAGGAGUUCCGUGCUUGGACUGGAAGAGGAUGCCUGGAAGAGGGUGCGGCAUAGUCUUGGGGAAGAGUCCCAGAUCAGCACAAUAGCAACUGAUGCACUGGCCCCAAAUCCCAGCAUGCUGUGCUGAAAGCCAGUCCUGGAGACUGCUGUCCACUUCGGUCCCCUUGCAUAAUGUCCUUGUAUCCAGGGUACCAGAGGCAUCUUACCAGGUGGUGGAGUCAGAAUUGUUCCAGACAUCUGACACCUCCUGAGGCGGGUUCUUCUCCAGUCAUUCCACACCUGAUGAAGCGAUGAACUACACAGGACUGUCAUCAGGGAAUUCUGGGCCCCGACUGCCACUCUGAGAGCCCCUUCUCACAGCUCUUAGAUGGCUUUCCAGAAUGUUCUGAAGUGCCGCCUCUCAGGUCCCCUUGUCAUCCUAAGGGCCUUGCCUAUGAAUGACCUGAGUGCCUCAUUUCUACCCUUAAGUAAGACACCUUCCAUCCCAGCUUCAGAGAAACUUGUGAGUUUUGUGUAGAAGGUUGGUACCAUCCACCAGGGAAGCUGAGUUUGGAACAGGAGGCUCCAGCCAGCAAUGAGCGGCCGUGCCCCACUGGCAGAGAAAGCCCUUUCUGAGAGAUAUGCCCGCUGCCGCUACAGAGACACCUCCUUGCUCAUCUGGCAGCAGCAGCAGCAGAAGCUGGAGUUGGUACCCCCUGGCACCUACCUGAGCCGGAGCCGGAGCAUGUGGUACUCCCAGUAUGGAAACGAGGCCAUCCUGGUCCGGGACAGAAACAAGCUGGAGGCCCGGGACACAGGUCGGUCUAAGUUCUGCACAAUUAUGUAAUCCCAGUGUGAAACCCGAGCUGUACAGAAAACCAGUUAUGUUUCAUUCAGCUGUCUUGUCCUGCACAACAGGGAGAAGUGUGUAGUGUAGUAACAGUGACAAUUGAGCCACAUGGUAAGGUCCCGAGGCUCUUAGGCUCCCAGGCGCAGCUCCCAGCCCUUCUCACACCAGCUACAGCUACAUCCUGGGAGCCAUUCUCAUCCUCCAGGCCAGGCUGGGACUCAGGCAAAUGCUGCUUUUCUGCUGCGGUGCCAAAUAAGCAAGCAGGAAUAACUUCCUUGUCACAAACCCCCUCUUCACCUCUGUAUGGGUUGUUUGCAGUAUUCUCACUAGCUGGGCAAGAGUGAGCCACGUCUAGAGAAAAGGUGAAGGGGUCAGUGGCAUAGAGGCUCAGCUGGACUUCAGGAGCCAGCAGCAGUGGGGAGGAACUCCACUGGGCUUUCAUUUUGAGUCCAGUUACCAAAAUGGUCAUCACCUCUCAUAUACCGUGGGGACUUUCAGACACUUCAGACUCAUGGACAAGGACAUCAAGAAAAGGCUAGUGAAAGCAAACAGUGCUUUUUACAUCCCGUUAGUUGAUGGGUGUGGUUUUGAAUGGAACCAUGGGGCUGAAAAAAGGCAGUCUUGGUGGCUGGUGUCCUGACCUCUCUGUAAGCUGUGCGUUGGUGCCCACCAGGGUGGGUAACGUUUGAGUCAUUUUAACAGGAUUUGCCAUUUGCUGUCAUUGGUCUUUGCGGCCAUGUGAAUGUGGAAAUGGCUUUUGUCCAAGCUGAGCUUUCUUUUCUAAAUAAAUACCCUUUAGGACUCUUCUGUCUA